AUGCCCUAUAUGAUCGGCGCUCUCAAAUGGAUCACCUGGAUUAACCCCCUCCGGUAUGGCUUCGAGGCGAUGAUGGCCAACGAGUUCCACGCGAUCCACGCCGAGUGCUCUACGCUCGUCUGCACCACCGUUGGGUCAGAGCCCGGCUCGUCCACCGUAUCCGGCGCGCGCUACGUCGAGCUCGCGUACUCGUACACGUACGACCACGUCUGGCGCAACUUCGGCGUGCUCAUCGCGUUCGGCGUCGGCUUCAUCUCCUUCCUUCUCAUCCUCACCGAGCUCAACCAGAGCCUCGCGGGCGAGUCGAGCGUCAUGCUCUUCAAGCGCGGCUCAAA